AUGUCUUGUGAGGACGAUUGCUUACAACUCGAGGAUCAAGAUCUCUUGCUUUUCAAGGAACCAGAGGGAUACAGGCAACCGCCACCAGAGCCGAAAUUUCAGUCGUUCCAGUGUAAAGAACAUACGUCUUCUGAUAGUCCACGGACCCUUAACAUUCGAUUGGUUGGGAAACAUCCAUUAUGGGCGCACGAAUUGUGGAAUGCAAGCAAAUGUCUUGCAUGGUAUUUGGAAGGACACAAUGAAUUAAUUCAAGAUAAAAAUAUCUUAGAGCUUGGAGCGGGGGGCGCACUACCCUCUUUCAUUUCAUCUUUGAAUGGUGCGAAAAAGGUUGUUAUCACCGAUUACCCUGAUAUCGAAUUGAUUGAAAACAUUAAAUAUAAUGUGUCCACAAAUUUAUCUUCGGAAUCGGAAAAAAUAGUUGUUUUGGGUUAUAUCUGGGGAAAAGAUACUACACCCUUGUUGGAUGCGAUCACUUUAUCACCAGCAGACAAACCACGCUUCGAUAUCAUAAUAAUGGCGGAUUUAAUAUUUAACCAUUCGGAGCAUUCAUCAUUAUUAAGGGUAUGCAAGGAAUGUUUGGAGAGUGAGAAUGGACAAGCGCUUGUAUUUUUUACGCAUCACAAACCACACCUUGCAGACAGAGACAUGAAAUUCUUUGAACUUGCACAAAAAGAUUUUAUGUUCAAGGUAGAAAAGAUUAGUGAGGAAAUUAUGAAACCGAUGUUUGAAAAAGAUUAUGGUUCUGAACUUGUAAGAUCGACUGUGUACGGAUAUAAGUUAACUCAUCAAAAAUGA